AUGCUUUCGUCACGCUACAAGCAGCCCAUUGUAGAGGGUUCUCUGUUAUAUCUGAAGGAUGGAAUAACUCGUAAUGUCAAACCGCGUGCCCUGGAAAUGAAAGGCAUUAUUAGUCAGCGAAAUCGCUUGGCAUCUUACCUUUCGAAAUUGAAGCCUGAUCUGCUGCCUGGAAUCAUUGUGCGUUUCAUUCACGAGAAUCAGAAGACUUGUUGCUUAUCAAAUCUUCGGUGUAGGUGCAGCCAUGUGGAUGUCUCGACUGACGGUUACUCCGCUUAUCUUCUCACUUUUGGAGGGAAUUCAAAUAUAGUCGAUUCGGUUUUCGCUCCUGGAAAUAUGUGUAUUGUUUCGACUUCAGCGCAACCAGGCAUACUCCUCGUACCCAUAGUGGAAUCGUCGUCAAAGAACGUGACGGUCCGCAGUGACCGGCUGAUUGACCUUCAGGAGACCUAUCACCUUGAUCUCUACAACAGUUUUUCGACUUAUCCCACAACUCUUGGCAAUCUUGUUCUUCUCAUGGGGAACGACGAAGCGAGUAUUGAGCAACGGAAUGCCGUGCACGCGGCUAUUCUAUCUAACGACUACACUCUGAUAGAAGGGUUUCCGGGAUCAGUUCUGCUGACUGCAAAUACCCAUUCCGCCUUGGAUAAUGUCCUGGCCAAGUUGAAAAAGUAUACUGAUGGCUCGAAAAUACUCCGACUUGGCAACUCAGCAUCAGUUCGUGAAAGUGUCGCAGAUCUUACGCUGGAGUCAAAACUAAGUUGUUUUGACGGAGACAAGUAUAAAACCGCUAGAAAAAUCUUGAGGGAAACGCCACUUGUCGCCAGCACUUGCCACUAUGUGCCUCGAGAUGUGCUGUUUUCAUGGAGGAAGUUUGACUAUUGUAUUAUAGAUGAGGCGUCAAUGGUGCUGGAGCCGGUUGUCAUAUCUGCUAUAGCUGCGGCCAGUCGUUUUGUUCUUGUCGGAGAUGCUCACCAACUGUCACCUCUUGUUCAGAAUAGAAAGUGCUCGGAGGAAGGAAUGUCUGUCUCGUUGUUCGAACGUCUUCAAGUACACAAAACGGCUAUGCAUUCUCUUGAAGCGCAAUAUAGAAUGAACAGCACGAUCGCAAAGCUUAGUAGCAGUCUGUUCUACGAGAAUCGCUUGAGAUGUGCCAAUGAGGAUGUCGCUCGAGCAUGCCUUGCAAAUUUGGCAGGCUACAAGUCGUCUUCGAGUGGUGAUGGGCCGUGGAAGAUCAUUGAAAGUGGACAACUACAUGACGCUCUCGUUUUUGUGGAUACAUGUGCUGGAACAACCUCAGAGUUUGCUGCCGUGUGCUCGGACACUGGAUUGAUACACAACAAUGGUGAAGCCCGUCUAGUCCGCGAUAUUGUAUUACGGUUUCUUGAGAAUGGCGUCCGCGCCAGCGCCAUUGGCGUAAUGUGCGUUUACCGCAAGCAGGUUGAAGUGAUCAAGACCGCUCUGGGCAAUGAAAUGGAUAUCGAGGUCAACUCAGUCGACCAAUUUCAAGGACGCGAUAAAUCUGUGAUAGUGUGGUCUCUUGUAUGGACCCAAGAUUCGGGAAGAGUGAGUUUUUUCAGUAAAAUCAGUGCUAUAUCGUUUUCAAGGCGAAUGUUUCAAGCAACUUACUCGGCGUAUUCCCUCAGAUGGACUAGGCUUCACGUACUGAGUUCUGAGCCUGACAGUGGCCGUGUACUGUUUGGCAGGAUGGGAGAGUCGCAAUUCUUUUUUCCUUCAUAUCCCUAG